AUGGCAGACUCAACACUCUACCCCCUCACAAACCCACCCACCGACCUCUCAGCAAUCUCCCAGAUCGACUCUUCGAUCCUCUUCCCCUCCUUCACAGUCUCCGACGCCUGGGACCUAGGUUGUCUUUUACGCUCUCGCCUCCUCACCUUCCCUGGCUCAACCGUAAUCUCCAUUACACUAGCCAACAGCACUCCUCUCUUCUACACAGCCGUCCGCAGCGGCAUCACCCCAGACAACACCGCUUGGGUGAACAGAAAGAGUGCAACAGUUCUGCGCUUUGGCUGCAGUACUUGGUACAUGCACAACAAGUUCCAAGGAGACGAAAAGGCCUUUGCCGAAAAGUAUUGUUUGUUGGACAAGGCCAAGGAGUUUGCCAUUCAUGGUGGUGGUUUCCCAGUCAGAGUCAAGGGUGUCGAGGGUGUCGUUGCUGUCAUUGUCGUCAGUGGUUUGAAGCAGCAGCAGGAUCAUCAGGUCAUCGUCCAGACUUGCAGGGACUUUUUGGAUGGUGUUGGCGAAGGCGAUGAGAAGAGGAAGGAGGAUUAG